CAGGCCUCAUUCAAGCCAACAGCUGAAGACAAACACACACAGAGAAAAAAAAGAGGAACCAUGAAAGAAUUAAAGAGCAAGGCAUUCUGGAGGGCAGUUUUGGCUGAACUGCUGGGAAUGACUCUCUUCAUCUUCCUCAGUAUCACCUCUGCCAUCGGCCAUCCCACUGACAGCAGCCCGGCUCAGGUCGUCAAGGUGUCACUGGCUUUCGGGUUGUCCAUCGCCACCUUGGCCCAGAGUUUGGGCCACAUCAGCGGUGCCCACCUGAACCCCGCCGUUACCCUGGGCAUGCUGGCAAGCUGCCAGAUCAGUGUGCUGAAGGCUAUCAUGUACAUCAUUGCUCAGAUGCUGGGAGCCACACUGGCCAGCGGCAUCAUCUACGGCAUCAGACCAGACACCGUGAAAGCCCUCGGCCUCAACACUCUGAGUGAAGUCACUCCUAGUCAAGGUAUUGGUAUUGAGUUGUUGGCCACCUUCCAGCUGGUUCUGUGCGUCAUAGCAACAACAGAUAAAAGGAGGCGGGACGUGAUGGGCUCCGUCCCGUUGGCCAUUGGUCUAUCCGUCUGUUUGGGCCACUUGACAGCCAUCAGCUUUACUGGGUGUGGCAUUAACCCGGCUCGUUCCUUUGGCCCUGCUGUCAUUCUGGGAGACUUCACAAACCACUGGGUUUACUGGGUGGGGCCAAUGUGUGGGGGCGUGGCUGCUGCACUUGUCUAUGACUUCCUGCUUUACCCCAAAAUGGAUGACUUUCCUGAGCGUAUGAGGGUGUUAGUGAGUGGUCCAACGGGCUAUGAUGUCAACGGUGCAGAUGACCCCCCAGCAGUUGAAAUGUCAUCGAAAUAAAACAUUCUCAAAUUACCCUCACCAUUAGUGUAAUAUACUCUAAAUACCUACACAUACCUGUACAUAUGGUUUAGCCCUCUGGAAAUUACUCUAGAAUAAUUUUACUAUAAUCACAAAAAAAUAUUAUUUGGAAGGAAAAAGAGAUCAGUCUGUAAAAGAAGAUUUUGCCUUUUUGUGCUCUUGUUAUACUUUUUUUUUUUUUUUUCAAAAUUCUGUCAACGGAUCCCAGCAAUGUUCUUCCAGUAUAUGAUGCCUAAACAAAAUUGUAAUAUUUCACUCUGUUUUCAAAGAUGUCAUGUCGGUAUUCUAGAUUACAAAUUCACUUG